AUGGAUCAAUUAUCUAUCAAAGUUACGUACAAUGGUGAUACUAGAAGAAUUUCAUUUGAAAGAACUCCAUCUUAUUUAGAAUUGUUUUCAACUUUGAAGAGUUUGUUCUCUUUGACUUCUUUGCUGUUGAAAUACACUGAUGACGAUGGUGAUUUAAUUUCGGUCACCAGUGAAGUUGAAUUCAAGGAAGCACUCUCUUUGAUUGGAUAUAAAACACCAAGAUUACUUAGAUUGACUGUGUUGGCAAAGGAUGCUGCUCAACAACCAUCAGCAGGAUCAACCCCACAGCCACAACAACAACAAUCACAACCACAAUCAUGCCCAUUCAAUUUCCAAUCAUUGAUCAAUUCAAUCUUACAAGCCGAUGGUCUCAAAUCUGAAAACGCUCAACAACAAGGAGGUGCAUUCCCAUUCGGUGCAUUCUUUGGUGCUGGUGGAUGUCAAAACUCUGACAAGACCAAAGAGGAAAUUCAGAAUCUCAUUAAGAAUUUUGGUCAGAAUCAACCAUGGUUGAACGAUAUGAUUAACGAUGUUUUCAAAGGUUUAAACAUUGACCCAACCAAGAAUACCGAUGAAAAUAACAACAACAACAACAAUAAUAAUAAUACAGAGGAAAAACCAUCAGAGAAAGAUGAACUUGUUGAACAUGUUAAUGUUGUUUGCGAUGGAUGUGAAUCGUCAAUCUUUGGAAUUCGUUACAAGUGUGCGAUCUGCCAUAACUAUGACUUGUGUUCAAAGUGUGAACAAAAGGGAGAUGUCAUUCAUCCAACCUCACAUCCAUUGAUCAAGAUCACCACCCCAGGUUUCUGCUCAGUCGCAAGACAAGGUCCAUCUCGUUCACGUUGGAUGUGCCACAAGAACAAGCACUUGGCUCGUUAUGUCUCUGAUAUCACUGUAAAGGAUGGUUCAGUAUUUGGUCCAAACGUGCCAUUCACCAAGAUCUGGAGAAUUAGAAACGACGGUCGUGAAGCAUGGCCAGAAAACUCUACUCUUGUCUGGUCCAGCGGUGACAGACUUGGUUCACCAGAUGGAAUCACUGUCGACCCAGUUCUUCCAGGUCAAGACAUUGACGUCGGUCUCAACCUCACCACUCCAUCUGCACCAGGUCGUUACAUCGGUUACUGGAAGCUCGUUACUCCAGAGGGUUUGGGAUUCGGUCAAAGACUCUACGUUGACAUCUUUGUUGUCGAAGACGACAAGAAGCCACAAGAAGAAGAGAAGCCAGUUGAACAACCAGAAGUCGUUGAGCAACCAGCCGUCGUACAGGCAGAGCCAGUUCCAGAACCAAAGAUGGAGCUCGACGAAUUCGAAGUCGACGAGGAUGACUUUAACAUUAUCGACAAGUCACCAGCACAAGAAGAUGUUGUCGCUGCAUCUCUCUACCCAAAUAUCCCAGCAUUUGUCCAAGCACCAAUCCAACAAUUGAUUGCUCCACAACCAAUCAUUGAAGAGCCAAUCGUUGUUCCAGCUCCAGUAGUUGCUCCAGCUCCAAUCAUUGCUCCAGAGCCAGUCGCAGCUCCAUCCCCAGUCGAUCCAAACGAAGAAAAGAGACGUGCAUGUGUUUCCUCUCUUGUCUCCAUGGGAUUCGGAAGCCACCAAUCUCUUGCUGAAAUCAUUAAGAGAUACAACUACAAUCUCGACGAAAUUGUCGAUCAUAUCCUCAACAACAUGUAA